GUGAAGUUUAAAGCAGGUAAAGGCAUCCCCCGACACCUGCUGUAAAUAUACGAUACAUUAUUAUUGUUUCAUCGCUGUUUUUAUUUCGUUACGAACAACCAUUCGUCCGCCGUAAGACUCUUUUUAGCUUCGGGUCCUCGCCAGAUGGCUAUGGCACCAUGGGUUGUUCAAAUGGCGGUGAUGAUGCUCGUCGUCUUCACCUGCUGCUGCCAAGCAAAGAGGAACCAGAUGUUGUACUGCUCAGCGUGUCAUGCAAUUGUGGAUGAAUUAAAUCACUCAAUCAACCUGGUGGAUCCCAAGAAAACAAUCAAUGUUGGCAGCUUUAGACUCGAUCCUGAUGGGUCCAUGAAAGACAAAAAGGUACCGCUGGCUCGCUCCGAAACUCACCUCAGUGAGCUCUUAGACGGGGUUUGUGACCACAUGAGCGACUACGCCAUUCACACGGACCCCGCCACCCAGCAAAAACGGUACCUUAGGUUUGCGCCCAGGAGCAGUGGCCCCACUGGGGACUUCCCUGACCUGAAGAACUUCCAGUUUGAUGGACCUGAAGCCCCUAAUGCCUUGAAAUUUGCAGCAUCUACCACCAGAAACAAUCUGAUGAUGAGUUCAGGUGACUCAUCAUCCACCAGCCAAAAUGGUCUCAUAUGCUUUCCAUCCUGAGGCUUGGGAUUGACUGUGAAGAUCAGCGUUGUGCUUUGUGCCGGGUUGAAUGCGACAUUGUGUCGCUGCCCAGAUGUGAGAUGAGCCCACAGACAAAGCAGAGGUCAGCUGGGAGCGUCGGCUUCCUGUCUGCCCACAAAAAGCUCCCCAGAGCGGGAGGAGGCGAUGGAGGAGAGGUGAGGGGACACUUCCUCUUCCACUUGCUGCGUCACAGUGGAAGGUUGAGGGCAACACGGCCGUCACUUUAACACAAGUUUGUGCUGUGAAAAUUCAUUACACGGACCAAUAUGGUUUCAAUGUGGAUUAUGAUAUUAUAUUUAUACAUCUCAGCUUUGUGAUAUAGGUGCUAUAUGCUAAUCCGAAGUCAAUUGGUUCUACUUCUUCUUAUGAUUAUGAUUAGCAUCAUUAUUACAUUCUGUUAGAAAGCAGCCACAAUGUUUACGUUUUCACCAACAGCAUUUAAGAUUUCCUACUCUAUUGACCCCGUCAUUGAACACACCAUAGAGUCCACAUGUCAUCCUUAUUAAUCCCAAUACUUAAUUUCAGUGAAUGAUUUUGUGAGCUGGUGUUGAUAUGAAAAAUACAUCACAAAAGGUUUUUGCAAAACAAGGCAAUAUUUGUAUAUGAAUUCCAAAAUUAGGUCUACAUAAAAUGGUAAAAAAUGAACAACAACUUUACAACCAAUAUGGUUUCAAUGUGUGAUAUGAUAUUAUAUCUGUACAUCUCAGCUCUGUGAUAUAGGUGCUAUAUGCUAAUCCGAAGUUGAUUGGUUCUACUUUUUCUUAUGAUUCUCGUUCAUAUUAUUACGAUUAGCAUCAUUAUUACAUUCUGUUAGAAAGCAGCCACAAUGUUUACGUUUUUAUGUUUCACCAACAGCAUUUAAGAUUUCCUACUUUAUUGACCCCGUCAUUGAACACACCAUAGAGUCCACAUGUCAUCCUUAUUAUACGUGAUCCAUACUUAUGCCAAUACUUCAUUUCAGUGAAUGAUUAUGUGAGCUGGUGUUGAUAUGAAAAAUACAGGACAAAAGGUUUUAGCAAAGCAAGGCAAUAUUUUUAUAUGAAUUCCAAAAUUAUAUAAUACUAUAAUAAUAUAUACUCAAUAUGGCAAUAUCAACAACACAGAUCACACAUGCAAAGUCAUGUAAAAAAUAUCAAUCCUCACUGAUACCACUCUUGGUAUCAUUGCUAUUCAUGCUAAUCUAGCAUGUUGCUUUGUUACAUUUGAUAUAUUGAUUGGUUGUAUUGAUAAUUCCUAUACGAAUGAUUUUGAUGAUGAUGAUUAUGAAUGACUGAUUCUCGUUUUUCCCCAAGUAGAUCCCCGUCUGAGGACAUGUGGGGUAUAUAUAUAUAUAUAUAUAUAUAUUUAUGUUUCUCUGACAGCCCCGCGUUGAGGCUUGUUACUACCACUUCCUGCUGUAAUCCUCACUAUCGCCAUGCUGCAUGGAUAAACGCGGCGUGGAAGCAGCCGGCAGGCCCGACUGCUGGGCCUCCUCGGCUCCAACGGUGCUUGGCAGCCUGGAUGGCUGCUGGCCCUGCAUGAGUUCACAGUAGCUGGGGCUGACAAAGGGGAGGUUUUGCUCCACUGCUUUUUCAGCCUGAAAAGGCCUCUCAAACGCUGCCUUCUAUAGGAAAAGCAGGAUGAGCCACACACGGAAGAGGGGGGGCCAAACUUAAUAAGCCAAACUUUCUCCAGAGUGGGCCGCAUACUCAAAGCAUGUGGGGGCCAUUUUGAUGUUUUUUUUUUUUUGGGGUAAACAAGUUAAUCAACCGAUUUGUCAAUGCUAACAUGUUUCAAGAAUAAAGCUUCUAAUUAUGGGCCUGCAAAGCUAACUAUUAUUACUUA